GGCGUUCCCGGACCUCGACGAUGAGUAGCUACGCAUACGACCCAACGAACGUGUGGCAACAGGCUGUCGAUCAGAACGGCUUUCUAUACUGGAUAAACACGCACACCGGACAGGCUACGUACCAACUUCCGGAUUCCUACCCCAACCCCAUGAUGAGCUAUCCGACGCAUCUCGCACCUAUGGGACCUGCGCCUGCAGAGAUGGGGUUGCCGGCGCUACACGCACACAUGGGAGGGCCACUACACAUGGGAGAGCCGACCUAUAGAAAGAGAGACACAUUUUUCUCUGCCGCCCAAGCAGUGGCAGCACUGUAUGUUGCUGACAAAGCGACUCGUGCACUUCAACCCAUCAGGGACAAAGCUCGCGGCAAAGCGGCUCGAAAGGUGAUUACGUCAUUUGGUAAGCCCUAACCCCCUCCUUUCUUGAGCCUCGAUGCACCACCCAGUAGGUGCAUCCCCCCUGGGAGCUCGCAAAUGGGUGAUCGUGUGGUUGUCGGUAGAGAUCAUCGAAAGGGGGCGAACAAGCACCGAGCAAGCGAUGGUUCCUCGGGGAAAAGCGCUUGUUGUACAGCGGGAGGCCAUAAGGACCUUUCCUACCAUGUUCAAAGUCCUUUCUGUUCUUAUUGUUUCUGUCCUCGGCGAAAAAGUAAGUGUAUUGCCCGUCAACACUUACUUGACGUAAAUAUUCGAGGCAUCUUCCGGGGGGGGGGGUUGGGCACCUCUAUGUACCAAUGUACAGCACGGCACCCAGAUUUGGUUUUUCAGGACUUUUAAGUCUCUAUUUAGUCUCGUGACUGCGUCCGCGAAGCAAUCGCCAGGCUAGGGAUCGGAAUACUAUUGUCCACGCUUAACACACCAAUAGUAAUUUAUUUUCGGUCCGGGCUUGAAUGAUUUUAGUUUACCAAGAGAGCGCUAGAGGUUUCGCUCAUCAUUGUGUGACGCUUACGGGUAGGUACAUUCGUGCGCCCCCCACGUUUUUUAGCAAUCGCACCAUGUCGUGAUGCAGGCGUGCCUUUCACUCUCGAUAUUUUCACUUGUAAGUAAGUGUGAACCAUGUUUUAUGAUUUUGGUGAAUUGAUCCAUCUGGCUGUGUAGUUUUAGGAUAAUCCCCCGCGUUUUAGAGUGGUUGUCAACGGAUGAACAUGCCAAGAAUGAAUGUAGAUACAGUAGGUUGAUGGGGACGGUUAAGUGAUAAGCAAGAGAGACUUCGCAUACUGCACUCAAGGCGAUGUUUACGUUAAUCAAGUCGGUCACGCGAUUGGAAGUACCUCGAGGUUAAGCUAGCAUUCUUGCGGCUUCAGGAAAUGGCGAGAAAACAAGUAGCUGGUUGGCGUUCUUGGUACGAUUCGUCCCGUUUUACUCUCUGCAUUUAUUUUUUAGAGGAGGGGGGGUGUUCGACUGUUGUUUUUCUCGACGUGUCGACGUUGUCGUGGUACGUUUCUGAUGCAAUUAAGUUUUUGUCUAUAUCAAAGACGCAUCUCUGUGCUAUCUGUACUACUCGAACGUUUGGCGCUGCUUU